UGCGUACAGCAAGCGCUACCAACAGCAACAAAAUUUCAAAAGCCCAUUCAUAAUGGCCCGAACUAAACACACGCUCCGAAAGCCUUCUAAAAGCCGAAGAAAGAGCGGAUCUGAUCCCGGACCAUCUGACAGAAAUGGAGGAGCCAGCACAUCUAAUGUUGAAGGGGAACGAAAGAAGCAUAGAUUUCGGCCAGGCACUCGUGCUUUGAUGGAAAUUCGCAAAUUUCAGAAGUCUACCAACUUGUUGGUGAGAAAAGCACCAUUUGUCAGACUGGUAAGGGAGAUUUGUUUGGACCUGGAUCCUGGCAAGCCACAUUUCUGGACAGGUUAUGCACUCAUGGCAAUACAAGAGGCUGCAGAGGCCUACAUAGUUCACCUGUUUGAAGACGCCAUGCUGUGUGCCAUCCACGCCAAGAGGGUCACCGUCAUGCCUAGGGACAUCUACCUUGCCAGGCGGCUGCACGGCGAAACUUGAUCACGUAUAACAUUGACUUUUUAGAAUGAAAAAUGCAUAUAGGAUUGAGUAUUUUAAAUGUAUAUUUGCAUGAGUUCAGAAGACUUGUUUUAAAAUUUUGAACUUCUUAAAUGUCUAUUUUAGGGGCCCCCAAAGGCGGAAAGAUAUAGAAUUUGCGUUGUCUGUCCGUCUAUCAAAACACUUUUUAGGGCUAUAUCUCAGAAAGAUAUCAACAUGAAACUUUAUUGGUGUAUAGACAUCAAUGAGGAUAAGUACCAUGCACAAUAACCAUAACCCUUCACAUUCUUUAUUAAGAGUUAUUGCCCUUUUAUAUAUUUGAUAAAACUUUUCAGGUCAAUAAUCUCGGAUACCAUUCAAAACUUCAACAUGGAACUUCAUGGGUGUACAGUAUUGAUAUUAAUAAGGAGACGUGCCAUGCCUAAGAACCCUUUACUUUCUUAAGUAAGAGUAAUUGUGCUUUGUUGUUUUUGUACGAAUGAACUGUUAAAGGGUAUAUCUCUGAUAAGAUUUAACAUGAAACUUCAUGGGUGUGUAGAAAUCAAUCGGAAAAAAAAGUGCCAUGCACAGGAAGCAUAACUACACUUUCUGAACUAAGAUUUAUUUCUGUUUGUAGUUUUUGUGUGAUGUAACUUUUCAAGGCUAAAUCUCAGUUACAAUGCAAUAUUUUAACAUGAAACUUCAUGGAUGUGUAGCAAUCAAUUGGAAGAAGUGCCAUGCAGAAGAACCUUAACCCAUCACUUUCUAAACUAAGAGUUAUUGCCCUUUGUUGUUUUUUUAUGAUAUGACUUUUCAAGGCAAUAUCUUAGAUAUGUAACUUUUGAAGGCAAUAUCUUAGAUAUGCUACAAGAUUUCAAAAUGGAAUUUCAUUGGUGUACAGCUAUCAAUGAAAAGAAUUUCAAUGCAUAAAUAUUAUUACCCUACACUUAAUUAUUUUUCAUGAUUAUACCAUACAUCAAGGGAUAAGGACCCAUCCACCAACAAAAUUUAUUUGGCGGGGUAUAUACAAGUUUGCAUGUUAAAAUUAAAUUUGGGGAUGAAAAUUCGGCCCCAUUCGCUUUCUCAAAAAUUAUAUAUUUUUGCCAAAUGACUACUUUAAAUUCCCAAUUAAGGUUUUCAAAUGAAGUAUAUAUAAAUAUUUUUAAUCACAGAAUUUUCUGGAUGCCCCUAUCCAGCGCCAUGAGUUGAACCUAAGCAAUCAUAAUGUUCAAGACAUUUUUAGCUCAUCUAUUUUUUGAAAAAAAAAUUAUGAGCUGUUGUCAUCACCUUGGCGUCGGCGUACGGUUAAACUUUGCGUUUAGGUCCACUUUUCUGAGAAAGAAUCAAUGCUAUUGCAUUCAAACUUGGUACACUUACUUACUAUCAUGAGGGGAUUGGGCAGGCAAAGUUAGAUAACUCUGGCGUCAUUUUGACAGAAUUAUGUGCCCUUUUUAUACUUAGAAAAUUGAAAAUUUUGGUUAAGUUUUGUGUUUAGGUCCAUUUUAUUCCUUAAGUAUCAAAGCUAUUGCUUUCAUACUUGCAACACUUAUUAACUAUCAUAAGGGGACUGUGCAGGCAAAGUUAUGUAACUCUGACUGGCAUUUGGACGGAAUUAUGGGCCCUUUAUACUUAGAAAAUUUGGUUAAGUUUUGUGUUUUGGUCCACUUUACCCCUAAAGUAUCAUAGAUAUUGCUUUCAUACUUGGAACACUCGCAAACUAUCAUAAGGGUACAGUAAAAGAACAAGUUGCAUAACUCUGGUUGUCAUUUUUACGGAAUUAUGGCCCUUUUUUGACUUAGUAACUUUGAAUAUAUUGUUAAAUUUUGUGUUUCGAUCCACUUUACUUCUAAAGUAUCAAGGCUAUUGCUUUCAAACUUCAAAUACUUUAUGCUAUCAUGAGGUUACUGUA